AUGGCCUCGGGGUCAUUUGCCAGCGGCCAGCACGCGCAGCCGCCGCAACAAACUCACCAGCCGCCGCAGCAACAGCAGCAGCAGCAGCCGUAUGCCAUGGACAUGGGACUCGGAUAUCCAACGGCGGCGGCAGCGGCCGCUGCCAUGGGCGAGGCAUAUCACACGCAAGGCAACAUGUUUGGGAGGCUGGACUAUCAGCCGCAAGCUGAGGGUCCUCGGCCGCCGCCGCCACAGAGACGCCGACGGCAGCAGGGCAGCAACGGAGGCAAUGCGUCGGUGCAGGCUGCCGCGCAAACACCGAUGGGGACUAUGGAGAAGCAGCAACAGCAGCAUAUGGGCCAAUUCGGUAUCCUGGCGCCGACGCCAAUGCCCGUCGCGCAUCCGCAUGGAUCGAUGCCCCCGACCAUGGGCCAGCAAACGUUACACUUUGCUCCAGCCUUGCAAGCCGGCGCGGGCGCAGGCACAGAUGACGCUGCGGGCUCCUCACCUGCAGCCCACGGCAAAAUAGGCGGCAAGAUUGUGGUCGAUCCGCCGGACCUGCAAGCUUGGCGAGAGAAGCUCUUCAGCGUCGAUGAGAUGAUUGUCCUCACACAGGACCAGUUUGAAACAUACUUCCCCCAUGUAGACAAUGUCUACUCUCACAGGUCUACGCAAAAGUACAAGCGCAAGCCCUUUGUCUCGCACUACUGGGACUGCCGCAUGAAGGGCCGCCCGCCGGGCACGCCCAAGACGGAGGACCCAACCAAGAAGCGCCGCCGCCGCAGCGCGCGCGAGCGCGACCUUUGUGACGUCAAGAUCAAAAUCACAGAAUACUUCCCGAGCGCGGAGCCGUUCCAGCUCGACGGCAGCGACACCGGGGCGGCGGCCGCCGCCGCCGCCGUCGCCGCGGGCUACCACGGCCAGCGCUUCUGGACCAUCCAGCGCGUCAACGGCAACGGCGGCAACGGCAAGGGCGACGGCGUCGCCGGCCCGCACAAGCACACGCUCGCCCGCAGCGACGAGAUCAAGAAGAACAGCGUCCAGCGGCACGUCGCCGCCCAGGACAAGGAGGCCAAGCGCGCGCAGCCCGUAACCCGCAGGCCCACCGGCGCCGCGGCCACCACGGCCAAAAAGCACGGCCGCGACAGCGCCAACGACCUCCGGCUCUACGCCGCGUGCCACUGCCCCUUUUCGCAGCGCGUCUGGAUCGCCCUCGAGGCGAAAGGCGUGGCGUACCAGUACUGCGAGACGGAUCCGCACCGCAAGCCGCCGCAGCCAGCCCUGCUCGAGGCGAAUCCCAAAGGCCAGGUGCCGGCGAUUCGGCAGGGCGAGUGGGCCUGCUCCGAGUCGCCCGUGAUUUUGGAAUUUCUCGAAGACUUGGACUCACGUGUACCUCUACUGCCUUCUGACGCGCGGCUCAAAGCCAAUUGCCGCUUCUGGAUCAACCAUAUCAACACCGACCUCCUCGCCGCCUUUUACGCACUUCUUCGCAACACAGACCUGCCCCGUCAGGCGGACCUCGUCGCGCGCCUGCAGGCGCAGCUCGACAAGCUCGCGCAGGCCGCCGACGAGCACGGCCCGUACUUUCUCGGCUCCAUGCUGAGCCUCGUCGACGUGCACAUCGCCCCGUUUGCGGUGCGUCUGCGCACCAUUCUCCACCCGCGCCGCGGAUGGCCGGCGGUGGCGCCCGAGGCGGGAUCGCGGUGGGCGCGCUGGCUGGAUGCGCUGGAGCAGGACGCGCACGUCAAGGCGACGACGAGCGGAGACGAGUUGUACGCGGAUACGGCGGAUUUGCUCAUCAAGAAUGCGGUACCGGUGCCACUUUGA